AUAAACAACACCGCAAACGUAAACAUCAAAAAGAAGUUCUGCGAGAAAAGCCUCGGAUUCGUCGAUCCGUGCAAGGAUUCCGCGCCGGAAAACUGUUACUUCCGUCGUGCUUCGGCGUUUCUCUGCGUGUGCCCGUUGUGCAGUGUUUACCCUCCGAACUGGCCACAUUCCCGGUUUGUGCUUCGAACCAGCAAAGGAUGUGGGAUUCGUCCGUGUUUCUCAGUACAUUAACACCCAAAUUUUAUGUCGCGCUCACUGGCACCUCUAGUCUCAUUUCGGGGUUGAUCCUCAUCUUCGAAUGGUGGUACUUCCGGAAGUAUGGUACCUCGUUUAUCGAGCAAGUGUCCAUUAACCACAUCAGCCCGUGGAUCGGAGGCAACGACAAUGGCACGGAAUCACCGGCCCAAACGCCCACCCAAACAAUGCCCGAGUGCAAGGUGUGGCGCAAUCCGUUGAAUUUGUUCCGGGGCGCCGAGUACCAGCGGUUCUACUGGGCGACCCAGAAGGAACCGCUCACGUUCUACGACAUGAACCUGUCGGCGCAGGACCACCAGACGUUCUUCACCUGCGAAGGGGACGCCGGCAAGGCGGAGUACGAGAUUAUGCAGACGGCGUGGCGCGAGCGCAACCCGGUGGUGCGGAUAAAGGCGGCCAAGAAUGCGCUCGAAAUCAAUCCGGACUGUGCGCCGGCCUACAUUCUGCUGGCCGAGGAGGAAGCCACCACCAUCGUGGAGGCGGAAAAGAUUCUACGCACCGCGCUCAAGGUGGCCGAAGGGAACUACAAAAAAUCGCAAACCUUCCAACAUCAGGGCGCGGUGGCCGAGGGCAUUCACCGGCGGGACACGAACGUGCUGAUCUACAUCAAGCGCCGGCUGGCGAUGUGCGCCCGGAAGCUGGGCAAGCUGAAGGAAGCCGUCAAAAUGUUCCGCGAUCUGACGAAAGAGAUUCCGCCGAUCAUGAAUGUGCUCAACAUCCACGAGAAUCUGCUCGAGGCACUGCUGGAGAUGCAGGCGUACGCUGACUGCCAGGCGGUGCUCGCGAAGUACGACGACAUUUCGCUCCCUAAGUCAGCCACAAUCUGCUACACGGCGGCCCUGCUGAAGGCGCGGGUGGUUGCGGAAAAGUUUUCGCCCGACAGCGCAUCCAAGCGCGGCCUCAGUCCGGCCGAAAUGAGCGCCGUCGAAGCGAUACACCGGGCGGUCGAGUUUAACCCACACGUGCCCAAGUAUCUGCUGGAGAUGAAGCAGCUCAUUCUGCCACCGGAGCACAUCCUGAAGCGGGGCGACUCGGAAGCACUGGCGUACGCGUUUUUCCAUUUGAACCACUGGAAGAACGUCGAAGGGGCCCUCAAUCUGCUGCAUUGCACCUGGGAGGGCACGUUCCGGAUGCUCCCGUAUCCGCUGGAGCGGGGCCACCUCUUCUACCCGUAUCCGACGUGUACCGAGUGUGCCGACCGCGAAUUGUUGCCCUCGUUCCACGAGGUGUCCGUGUACCCGAAGAAGGAGCUGCCAUUUUUCAUCCUCUUCACCGCCGGCCUCUGUUCCAUCACGGCCCUGCUGGCCCUGCUCACCCAUCAGUACCCGGAGUCGAUGGGCAUCUUUGCCAGCACCACGCUGAACUGGUUCUCGCUGCCGUUCCACUUCGUCAAGGAGCGCAUCGAAGCCAUUUGGCCGUGCAAUCUGCUGCAGCAGCUGUCCCGCAUCUAAACCCUGAUUUUCUUCUCUGUAACACGCAAACGCCUCUCUACUAGAGCCUGUCGAUCGUGGUGCGCGGUCAGCACGAACUGCGCCUUCGGUUUUCAUCCAGGCGUAGGAUCCUCUUACAACACAACUCCACAUCAAGGCGCACAGACCGCAGAACCUCCAAGUCACCGGUCCCGUGCCCCAGUGUCGUCGUCGGUUGUACUAAAAGUUUUGUGGAUUAAUGUGUACUUAUAUUAUGCGCGUAGAGGGGUUGUGGAUUGUGAUGUGUGUGCGUAGGCCCGCGUAGGUCUACGCAGCAAAUUAUUCUUAAAAAUGUGUCUAUCAGUCUGCUUGUGUUUAUUUUUUAGUAUUCCCUUUUUAACGUAAUGUCUCUGCAUAAUGUGUGUGUGUUGUGCGCGAAAAUGUAGUUUCGCUACAGAUGAAGAGAUUCGCAAAUUAUAGAGAAUACAAAUAAAAGUAUAAAUUAUGUGAAAUGAACACAUGCAAAAGA